GGAUGCAGUGCUUGUACGAUAUUUUCAUGUGAUUGCUGUCCUGUAGUUUAUGGAGUUUUUGGUGAAACAAAAGAACAGACUUCGCCGCAGUGGUACCGUUUCUACAUAUCGGUCCCACUAAUAUAAUAUUUUGUUGGAAAAAUUGAAUUGAGGAUUCUGAAAAUCAAACGUCACUCGGAGCACUGUUGGGAAGUCAAACUUUAAAAAUGGCAUUGUCUAAGAGAGAUUUAGACGAGCUGCGGCCAGUCGUGCAGUCAUCAGUUUUAAAAGUGCUUGGAAUCAAUGAACCAAGUGUGGUUAUUGCUGCUGUUAAUUGCAUUGGCCAGAGAAUGUCCAAGACAAAAACUGUCGAUAUGUUAAAACCCUUGCUGGAAGAUUCUGCUGAGAGGUUUGUGGAGACUCUUUUUGUUGAUGUAGCAGGUUUUCAAGUAGGAAAUAGAGCUUCCAAGAGAACCACCAAAGAGGAUGAUUGUUACGAGGGACACAAGAAACGAUCCAAACUCUCUCACUUCCCAGGUGAAGAGGAGAAUGGAGUCAAGUUUGCCAAGAGUCAGCCAGAGGCCUUGAGGAAUGAUGCCCUGGAGAAGGCCAAAAAAGCAGCUGAGAUUCAAGCCCGCAUACAGGCAACCAUGAUGAGUGCUGGGUUAGGAGGUCUGAAGCUACCACCCAUGCCUGGGAUUCCCCAAGCACCUGCGAUACCUAAAGUACCAGCUACUAAGGAAGAUAUCAACGAUAUGAAAUCACCCCCUUCUGUUCUUACAAAACCAGCGCCUUUGAUUCUGGAUGAACAAGGAAGAACAAUUGAUAAAUCGGGACGUGUUAUCAUACUGCCUCAACACAGACCAACGAUUAAGGCAAACAUCCGAGCCAAACGGAGAGAAGAAUUCAAGGUCAAUCAGCAGGAGAAACCACAGGACCUCUCUGCAGACUCUAACAAGUUCUUUGACCCACGGGUAGUGCCUGUAGUCGGUAGAGGGAACAGAAAGUCAUUCAAGUUUCAUGACCAGGGCAAAUUUGAACAGGUUGCACAGAGGAUAAGGGCAAAGUCACAACUAGAGAAGCUUCAGAAUGAGAUCUCUCAGGCAGCUAAGAAGACUGGAAUCACAUCAGCAACCAAACUAGCCUUGAUCACACCCAAGAGAGAAUUGAAAGAGAAUGAAAUACCGGGUGUUGAAUGGUGGGAUAGUUUCAUCCUUCCUACAGAGACAUAUGCAGAUGUGAGCAAAGGUACCACUCAGGCUAGUGGAACAGAUAAAUUAGUAGGCAUCACUAAUUUGGUAGAGCAUCCCAUUCAAAUCGAACCUCCAGCUGAGAAGAAAGAUGUUGAGCUUCCUAUUUAUCUGACAAAGAAGGAGAUGAAGAAACUGAGGAGACAGAGGAGGAGAGAAGCAUUAAAAGAAACGACAGAAAAGAUUAGAAUGGGCCUUGAACCACCACCAGAACCAAAAGUACGCAUGGCAAACCUGAUGAGAGUAUUGGGUACAGAGGCUGUCCAGGAUCCUACUAAAGUAGAAGCACAUGUCAGGGCACAGAUGGAGAAAAGACAAAGGACACAUGAGGAAACAAAUGCAGCGCGGAAGCUGACUACAGAGCAACGGAAGGAGAAGAAGGAACGCAAGAUGAGAGAGGACACCUCGACGGGCGUCACCGUGAAUGUGUACCGGGUAUUGAACCUCAACAACCCAGCUAAACGCUUCAAGGUCGAAGCCAACGCCAAGCAGCUUCAGAUGACGGGCAUAGCUGUGGUCCACAAGGAUAUGAAUUGUGUUGUGGUAGAAGGGGGACCAAAGCAGCAGAAAAAAUUCCAGCGGUUGAUGUUGCACAGGAUCAAAUGGGGGGAGGAUAAAAGGAGCAAACAUGAUGAUGAUGACUCUGGAGACGAAGCGGUCAAGUCCAACCACUGUCAGCUGAUGUGGUCAGGGAUGAUCAAACAACGCAACUUCAGUGACCUUCACUUCAAGCUGUGCCCAACCGAAGCGAUGGCCAGAGAACAGUUUAAGAAGCACAACGUGGAACACUACUGGGGCCUUGUUCACAGUCAGAGCGUCCUGGAUUCUACAGACACAUGAUCGACAACAGUUUGUAAAAAUCAGUCAUCAAAGCAAAAUGUCGGUAUUUUUGUCUCUUUUCAAAUGUGAAUGUUAUUUUUUGAAGUUUUUAAUUGUUUUAUGAAGCCUUUUUUUUGCUCUAAAGCUUUAAGUUUUUUAAAAGUAAACUUAUGAAAAGAGCAAGCAUGAAUAUUUUCCUGUGAGGUAGGAAUGAGAGCAUCUUCUUACUCACUAGCAAGUACAUCUUCUACUAGAUAAUGGCAAAUCAAUCGAGAUUUACUCUUUGAUUGCUAUGUAACUGAAUGUUUCUUUUAAAAUGUAAUUUCGCUUGAGUUUCUUAUAUCACAUGCUAUUGGAAACUGAUUUGAUUUGCUUUGCAUAGGCAAAAUAGUCAAAUGAAUCAUUGCACAUAUUAUGAAUUCAAACAAGGGAAUGCAAACAAAAAAUAUUAAAAUCUAAUAUGGUAUGCCUUCAAAAUCAGCUAAGGAACACACAAUUUCAAAAUGUCAGAUCACAUAAACUUCUCACCAAUAAUGCAAGCUUGGUUAUUGGUACUACUACUGAUAAGAUGAUUUUAUUUAUGGUGAAAGCCACAAAAUUACUUUAUUAUCAGUGCAAUCUACUUUCACCUUUGACCUUCAUAAAUUGGUAGGUCAAAAAAAGGAAUUUCGGUUGAACAUUGGAUUGUCUGAACAUUAUUGAUUUCUUGUUUUGUUCCACUCUAAAAAAUCCAAAAGUUGAAGUAGUGUUCCAUGAAAGGAUGAAAGUUAUCCAGAGACGAUGUGAUCCCAUUUUGAGAUUGUGUUUCAUUGUAUCUUAGAGCAAAGGUACUUUCAUGCUUUAUUGCUGUUUCUGUUUCUAUCUCUCAAGCCAAUGGAGAUAUAUGAAUCUACAGCAGUUGAGGCAGGCAGGCCACAGGAUAAAGCCGACACUCCUCUGGUAACGAGUCUUAUCUGCUAUUAAGUCAAGUCUAAGUAUGUUAUCCAUGUUAAUGUUUUGGACAUUUUCUAUGUCUGCAUCAAUGAAGGUGGUGCUGUAUUGCAUGUCUGUGGUCUUUUGGUUUUAAGGUGUUGAUCUUUCAAACCUUUUAGAAUUCUUGAUAAGAUCAAAACCAGAGCAAGCUGAUUAAAAAAGAAAAAGUUUGAAGAAUUACUAAGCUUAUAAUUUUGGUGUACUUAUACCAUGGGUUAGAAUGUUACUGACCCACAAACAGAUGUAUGAGUUGAUGAACAGAAAGGGUAGAAUACCUUUUUGUGUUGAAAAAACAAGUGAUUUUUACAGAAAACAUGUUCCUUAUUUCUUUUAUCUUAUCAUCAGGCUCUUCCUUUCGAUUGAUGUUUUUCAUUUGAAGGGAAGAGCAUAUUUGUAAUGAUCAGACUUGUCUGGUAAAUACCCAUGUGAUGUUUUGUUUUGUCUAUAUGGCAAGAUUUUUAUACUUCUUUUCCUGGAAUGAAUGAUGCAAAUUCAAAAAAGGUACUUUAGCUUACUUAAAUAUCAGUUGACAAUGAUAGUAAUUCCUUUCCCCUUUCUCUCUAAGCGUAAAGUAUCAACUUAACAACCAUGAUUAUUCCAAAUGUUGCUUUUUUCAUUGAUUAUAUACAUACAUGUAUAUAUAUAUAUAUUAUAUGUAUAUAUUUUUACAUAUAUUCAUCUGAAACGACAACAUGCAAAGUUGAUAAGAUAUUGUUAUCUUCUUCUUUUUUGUUGGGGGGGGGGGGGGGGGGGGGGGAUGGUUGGUCAAUAAUUUUGGUUGUAAACGCCCUGAUCAAGUACAAUGUAUAUGGAAACUAGUUCAAGCGAUUUAUGUCACUAAUGGGAGUAGGUGUCAAGGUGCAUUACAACAGAUUUUAAAAAAUGGAGGAGUACUCUCUUUUAAUACAUACAACUGUAAAACAUGUAGUGCAAGAUGUGAUUGUACAUUACUUUGGAAUUGUGGCAAGAUUACACCAGAGAGGAAAUAUUGAUUUUUUUUUUUUUUUUUUAAUAUCUUAAAGACAUGUAUAUCAUAAUUGGUUUAACAACUGUAGCAAUAUUGUGGAUCGUACAAACAUUUAUCCUCAAAUGUAUGCUAAUAGGUUAAUAGUGUUUCUCUGAACCAAUUUAAGCUUGUAAGCAUACAACAAAGAAGUGAUGUGAAGCAGUAAGAGCAGUUUUGUUUGAUUUUUCAAAUCAAGGUUUAAAAGGCUUUCCUGGAAAUGGGCAUUGCUUUGAUAAACUUGGUCUUGCUCCUAAUAUGGUAUUUUUGACAAUAGUCUAGUACCAUCUGCUACAACAUUUGUGUAAGACAUCAAAAUCGUUUAUGGAGUAAUGAAGCUGGAAAUUUGAGAUGCUUUGAAAUAUAUACCCAGGUGCUUGCCCCGAUUCUUGUAGCAAUGUACAUGACAUAAAGAAAUCAGGUAUGCCUUGAAGUGUUUUUGUUUUGAUUUUGUUUCUCCAGUUGGAAUCAAAUGAUCUCAUCUCUCCUAACUCAACCCAUCAAUACAACGUGUAAGGUAGGUAUCAUCAUUGUGAUGAUGUAAACAAAAUGUGUAUGCCGAUUACAAAUGUAUUAACGAUAUAGAACCAGGAUGAUGCAUGCAUUAUCUUCUGUUUUAUUCUUUGAUUGCUCUUCUGGUUGUUUUUUGGUUGGGGCAACCUGUAGGAAACAAAGAUAGCAUGCUUCCUUCUAUCUUGCUGCCCACUAAUGUGUGGUAUACUUAUGGAUCUAUACAGCAAUGUAGUUCUGUAGGCCUUUCCCACUCUGGAUCAGCACCUUUAGAAAGAGUCCUUAUUUAAAUUUUAUGGGUUCUUCUUAUUUUGGCAGAUUAUUCUUGUUAUGAAUUUGUCAAGAUAUUGCAUCAUUACGCGAGUUUACAAACAAGCAAAAUGUCAGAUUUGUUAUCUGUUGAUUUCUAAUUACUUGAUAUGUGAAGAAAAGGGUAGUAAAUCCAACUUCACUCUUUCAGGGUUUUUCUAACAGAUUGUUAUGACAUCAUUUGAAAUGUACAAUUGUAUUUUUAUUUAGAUCAUUCUUAGAACUAAAUUGAUUAUUCUAGGACAUGUGUUCAGUUCUAUUCAGUGUAAAAACGAGAAGAAACACUACAAUGUCAAGCAGCAUACCUUACCCUCCUUUAUACAUAAGCUGCACAUAUUUUAUCCCAUUUGAUAGUAGUGUAUGCGAAGAUUAAAAUUUUUACUUUUUAUUGUGACAACAGUCUCAUCUUAUCCAUGUUUUUUUUUUAUGAUUGUACAGAGCACUGGAGGAAUGUUUGUCAUAAAGAGUACAGCCCUAACAUUUGCUAGAGUUUCUGUUUGGAUAUGAUACUUAUGUUUUGUAAUUUUGCUUUGAUAUGUUUGUAUGCAAAGUUCCAAAAUAUCUCUUAUGUGAAAGGAGGAUCAAAAUAAAACUUGUAAAUA